AAUGUCACCUUGUGUUGGUUUUGGUUUGUUUACAAAAAUUCAGAUUUCUUCUUUUGCAAGAACUUUCUUGAAUUGAAGUAACUUUUUGUAAAUUUGAAAAGUGAUCUAUCUCAAAUUUUUCACUUUUUAUCAUGUUACCUCGACACUUGCAGGUGACUUUGAGAACUCAUGCUCAGAAAGUCUGUAGUUUAUACAAGAGGGCUGUUAGAAACGAAUGGAGUAAAUAUGAUGAUAGGUGGGAGUACCGAUACCAUGCUGUACUUAUGAGAGCGAGAUUUGAUGAGCAUAAAGAUGAGAAAGACUUACGGAAAGCUAAAAAGCUUCUGGAAGAUGGGGAAAAAGAAUUAGCUGCCAAUAUGCAUUAUCAACCUCGUAAAUUUUCAUAUUCACCUGGUGGCAUAAAUUACGGCAGAGAUGUUCCAACUCCUGAUUGGGUCUUGGACUAUUGGCACCCUUUGGAAAAAGCUCAAUAUCCUGAAUAUUUUGCCCGUCGUGAGCAAAGGAAAUUAGACUACAUUGAACGCUGGGAAAGAAAAUAUGGGAAACCUGCAGAAACUGAUCAUUGAAGGGGUUUUAAGAAGAACAUUUCACAGAUUCACAAAAAGAUGCUUUAUUUACAUGUGAAUUAAUUGUACAAUUUGACACAAACAUGAUUUAAAACUGAACACUAGGAAAUAAAUGCAUUGUUGUAGACUA